CAGCCUUAAAAUGGCAGCGUCACCGGAGCACACGCACGGAUACCUCUCUGUCAGAGACCUGGAGAACGUUCUGGACACCUGCAAACUGGACCUGACCCAGAUAGACGAGGUCUGGCCAAACCUGUACAUUGGCAACGUAGCGAUAGCCCAGAACAGGACGGCCCUGCAGAGGCUGGGCAUCACGCACAUACUGAACGCGGCGCAUUCCAAGCAGGGCAGCAUCGGGGACCAGCGGUUCUACGGGAGCGCGGUCGUCUACUGCGGGAUUCCGGCAGAUGACUCCACCCACUUUGACCUAAACGUCUACUUCAGACCCGCCGCGGACUUCAUCCACAAAGCGCUGAAGCAGACAGACGGAAAGAUUCUGGUGCACUGCAUCAUGGGAAUGAGUCGGUCUUCCACCCUGGUGCUUGCUUACCUCAUGCUGUACCAAAGGCUCCCCCUGUGCAGUGCCAUAAAAAGGGUCAUUCGGAAAAGAGCCAUUUACCCCAACAGGAACUUCCUCGCCCUGCUGCUGGACCUGGACCUUCAGCUGAGGAGAAAGAAACGGAAAACCUGCCUGAUUCUGUAGCGACAGACAUUUUCCACACCACAUUCCGGUGGAGUCUCUGAGGCUGUUGAAGGGAGACAGAUGCACAUGCACACCUUCACACGUUUCAGUCAGGGCAGACACCAUUGCAGUAAAGAAGAAGUACAAUCAUAAUAAUCAGAUAUCUUUGUAGUAAAACCCAAAACAAUGACUCAGGCAAUAGCUGUAACAUUUAACAAACAGCCACUAAAUGUCAAGUAAACCUGGUGCCUCCUUGGUUAUUAUGGUUUCGGUUGCUGUGUUUUUUAAAUGCUGUCCCCUACUGUGUUUCUGUCAUUUGACAGCACUUUUAAAAUGCAUGAUUUUUUAAAUUGUUUUCCCUGGGAGCUAAAUGUUACCCAAUGUGUCAUAACACCAAAAAUGAUGUCACGAUUUUAACAAAUUCAAAUGAACCAUCCUGACAGGACACUGAAGCUUGUAAAAUUGAUAAGUAGGUUUUUAAAAGUCAUAUCUUUAGUUGUGUGCAGUUGCUGAAUUUAGCUGUUUUAUUUUUUUAGAAAAUUAUGUGUAAAAUGUUGGAUGAUACUUGUUUUAUUUACUUAGUCUUAACAGUUGCAGUUAUGUCAUUGUCAUUUGUUAUCAUGAAAAGGUAUUAAUUUUUUUGAACAGCAUUCAUUACAGUUUUACCAGUCAGAGGUGAAAUAAGCUUCUGCUAAGGACCAGUUGAAUUUAGGAAUAAUAUAUUUUCUCAAAAAAAGUUUUACAUUCAUUUUUAACCUUAAGUAUAUCAAAAAUAUUAACACGGGUAUUGUAGUAAAAUACGACCAGGAGCUGCUUUCUAUCUUCAAAAAGCUUCUUAUUCAUAAUUUCAAAAAGUUAAGACACUGGGACAAUCUUGAAAGAAUUCAGCUCUGCUCCAGCUAUGCCAUCUAAACCAUUCUUAAAACAUCCGAGAAAGCAUCUUCUGUUCUGACCAGUCACGUCCCACAGGGUUUUUUAAAUCAUCAUUAAAUGAGAUAUGGAGCAUGGUCUUUUCUUCAGCCAAGAUUCAAGAUUUAAUCUGGACCCACAGGACCAGAUUUAAUGUGCCCCCACGUCCAAGCCCAGGCCUUUAAUAGUCUGGCUCACAACUUAAAGAUUCAUGAGAUACAAUGUUAUCUAAACUGUUGCAGUUCUGUGAUCAUGCUAGAUGAUAUCACUGUGUAUCUAAACUGUUGCAGUUCUAUGGUCAUGCUAGAUGAUAUCACUGUGUAUCUAAACUGUUGUAGUUCUAUGGUCAUGCUGGAGGAUAUCACAAUGUAUCUACACUGUUGUAGUUUUAUGGUCGUUCUGGAUGACAUCUAUACACACACACUAGUUCUAAUUUCGAGUCAAAAGUGGUGCAAGCCAAAUAGACCAACACACUUCUAAACACAGUGUGAAAUCUGUUUAUAAACUGAGCCACAGCUUAGUGAACUCCAGAGUUUUUUUGAGGAGUUUAAUUUCUGAGCUGUACUGGUAAUUUCAAAAUCAUUAUUAAUUGUUAUUUUCUUGUGAAAGACAGGUUUGUUUUUUACAAAAUGUCUAGUCACCAAAAUGGUAUAACUAUUAUAUUAUUGUUUUAAAAUAAUCCCAUAGUAGAAUGAUUGUUUUUUGGUUGGUUUAUUAAAUUACAUAUAUUGAAUUAUGGAUGGGAUAUUUAUACAUGAAUGAAUAUCCCAUUAACUUCUACAAGUUACUCACCUUGUACUUUUGUGUGAUGGAAAAUUUAAAAAAAGAUUUUGUACAACAUAGCCAGUUGGUUGUACAAAACUUGUAUUUUAUUAUGUUAGAAGUAAAAAGGAGAAUAGCAAUGAUUCAAUUUUCAUUAUAGGCAUCAUGAACAAUUACCAAAAGUCUGUUUAUAAAACUGUGAAAGGAUAUGACUGUUUUAUUUUCAAUCCUUACUAACCUCUUGAAUGGGCAUUCAAAUACAAUUCAUGUUUUCUAGAUACCUACUGUACUUGUGCCAAUAAAUUUUGCACAUUUGGAUACCAAAAAUUGUUCUCCAAUCAUUUCAAUGAAUUUCAUUCAUUAACUGUAUCAUAUAGGCAACGUUAAAUGAAGAAACCUUUUUGUAUUUGAAGCUGCACAUAUGCAGUAUAUGUUCACCUGUAGUCCAGAUCUAUAUUGUCAUAUUUUCAGUUGACUUUUUUGGUACACAUGUUAGUACGGAUUCAAUUUCAAAGAUCAAAU